AUGGAUGACAAGACGGAAUCCCUGCCGGACGACGCGCUCGCCCAAAUCCUCCGCCGCCUGCCGCCGCGCGACCUCGCCGUGUCCCGCUGCGUGCGCAAGGCGUGGUGCGCCAUCGUCGACGGCCGUCGCCUGCUGCUCCGCAAGAUGCUCCCGCACGCCGUGCGCGGCCUCUUCUUCAACUACGGCGACCGCGCGCGCCCGCGACCGCGUUUCUUCGCCAGCCCCUCCUCGACGCGGAUCGAUAGCGAUCUCAGCUUCCUGCCUUCCUACGGCGGCAGCUCUACAGGGCUGGUCGAUCACUGCGGCGGCCUCCUGCUGCACCGCGACCGAAGGACCCUCUGCGUGAUCAACCCCGCCACCAGGCGCUGGGAAGAUCUUCCGUGGGAGGACGACGGCUGUGACGCCUACCUUGUGUUUGACCCUGCUGAAUCGCUGCACUAUCAGGUGUUCUCAGUGCCGCGCGAGCUCGAGAAGGUGGUACUGAACCCACACGAUGAGUUAGAAGAGGAUUUCAUCCGUUGGCCACCAUCCAUCUGGACGUUAGAUGUGUUCUCAUCCAGCACAAGGCAGUGGAAGAAGAGAUCGUUUGUUCGUGAAGCAGAAGCUCCGGAGACGAUGGCUGAUGCGCGACUAGAUCUAUUAGAUCCAUUAUCCAUGUCAUGGAGCCACCAGACGGGUAGCCGCAGUGUGUAUUGGCGAGGAUCGCUCUACGUGCACUUUUACGGUGUGUUUGUUGUGAGGUUAUCUUUCUCGAAUGGGAAGUACCGAGUAAUCAAAACACCCAUAAAUAACGAGGAGAGCAUUCACGUGCACUCUUAUGUUGGGAAAUCGGAAAAUGGUGUGUACUUUGCAACAGUUCAUGAUGGAUGUCGACUUCAGGUUUGGACUCUCAUGGAAUCAAGUGGACGGCUAGAUUGGGUGUCAAAGAAACAUAUUGAUCUGGGAAAUGCAACUCUACCAUUGUGCCAGCCAGAUUAUAUGGAGGUAAUUGGAAAAACUUGGAUUUCAGACGACGAUGAUGAUGUGAAUGGCAACAAUAGAAACAUAAGGAGGGAAAAUUUGGACUGGGACUCCGACGAUGAUAACAUUGUGAAUAUUGAAGAUUCUUCUUAUCAUUAUUCCCACACCUAUGUCUCCUUUCUUGGGUUUCAUCCCUACAAAGAAGUUGUUUUCUUGGCGUUGGCAUCAUAUAGACGGCCAGUUGCAGUGGCUUUUCAUUUGAACAGCUCAAAAUUUCAGUAUCUGGGCACACCACAGCUAGCAGAUUACUCACGUGGCGCUCGCAUACAAGGAUCAUUUCCGUACACCCCCUGCGUAACUGGGCAUCUUCUAUAUCACUUCACAUAGUAGUACAUUUGGGCUGCAAAUAGUCUAAAUAAUGAAACCCUAGUCGUGGGGUCCUUGUUUUUGUUUAUGCUCAUUUCUAGCUCACCGUAUUGGAACUUGGAAGCAGUAUCAAAUAAUCUUCGGGUUCUUGUUUUUUCUAUGUAGGGAAAUAUCUAUUAGUUAUUAGUUUGUUUUAGAGAAAGAUUAAGAUUAGGAUUCAAACGUGGA